UCACAUUUACUUGGCACGUCGACGGCCGAGAAGAUACGACAACGACGUCGUCGUCGUCGUCGACAACGAGCGUGAGACCAACGGGUACCACAGUAGUACUAACGCGGUUUUGCACCGACAGCCGACCACCCGACAGUAUUAAUUAGAAAAUAUAACACGGUGUGUAGUGCCGACACAGGGUGGACCAUGCCAGGACUUAUCUACGCAAAAAUAACAGAGUGAAAAUAAUAAUAAUGAUAAUCAUCAUAAAGGGUAGUGAAGUAGAAAGAGUUUGAAAAAUAAUAAAAAAAAAAAAAAAGAAACGGGGGUGCGAUAAAAUGCGCCAAGUCGUUUGGCUGUAAAGGGAACGAUCCGAGCGGCACGUUACAGGAAAGACGUCAAGAGAGUAGAUCCAGAAUAUAAAGACAAAAAAAAAGCACUCUUUAUCACUCUCUCGCUUUUACUCUGAGAGAUCGGAGAGACUGGGAACUGGGAACCGAGUUGUGGAUGUAAAUGUCAGUGUGAGUGUGUUAAUGCGAGUUGCAAGUGCAUUUUGCCGGUAGGACGGAAGUUCAUUUGGCAAAUAACAAAAAAACGAGAACGAGAGAAAGAAAUAAAAGUAAAAAACGAAAAAAGAAAAAAAAGAAAGAAAAAAAACAAGUAGUAAUGUAUAUUAUUGUGUGGCUGAGAGCUGAGUAGCGAGUAGGAAGACAAUAGCCAAGCGUCCUCUUCAUCAUCCUUCUCCUCGUUCUCGUCAUCCUUUUGCUCUCUCAUAUGUCCAGUGAUGUAUUGAGGAAAAUAAUUGUAUUUUUUAUUUAUUUCUCGGUUACUAAUUUCGUAAUAGUUUCCGCAGCAUAGAGUACAAAUCGAUUUGAGUCUCUUGAGCUGUAUUUCUCUCUGGCUAGCUACAUGCCGUGGAUUAUUAAGUGUUUUGAUGUAUAACGUUAAAAUCCGAAUGCUGUAGUAAGACCAGCAGUGAUUUAAUACCGCACGUGUGUACCAUUAUUUAAGUGUGUGUUGAUAAUUUAUUUGGUGGAGGGUUGGUUGUUUUACUGAUACUGGUCAGCCGAUACGAUAUGAUCCUGAUAGACGAGGGAAUGGAUCCACCACUUACAUGUACAACUACUACAACUAAUACUUGGAGAUCACAUCUCAAUAAUCAUUGGACGUUUGACUUGAGGGACGCAGUCACUGGACACUAAAUUUAGCUUAUUCCUGUCUUUCUUAUCAUCAUCAUCAUCAUCGUCAUCGUCAUCGUCUUGAGUUAUCUUUGAGGUUUAUCAGUAAGAGAGUUUUUGAGCUGACUCUAUUCCAAGAGAGAAGGUGGAGAUUACACAGGACGAAUUCUCCUCACCGAGAGUGGAGCCGAAAAUCGUAGUAUCUAGCAAAGGGUCAAGGGAUCUAAAUUCCCUUCCCGUGAGAGUCGUGGAAUGACAAUAAAGAGGCGACAACGACCCGGGAAGGAGUCGUUAUUCGCCGGUACUUGUCACAUUUGAGAAAGGAGAACAACUUUAAUUUUAUAAUAUUUUUCAUCUCUUUCUUGAAAACUCAAGCUUUUUCUAUUCUUAUAUAUUUUAUUAUUAUUCUUUUAUACUCUCUUGAAUCUAAAGUUUAUUUGUUACUACCGGUGUUGGUGAUACUGUUGCCUCAGACUAGGCGAAAAGGUUGAGCACAUUGGGAUGGCAGUUGGUGAGAGACUAAUCCUCAGAGGACUUUACUUGUUCGUUGUCCUCUUUUUUUGCGUUAAUGCUGACGAAAACUGGGACAGAGAUGACGAUCCGAUAUCGACUUCGGAAGUCACCGCAGUUCUGGGUAAAAGCGCUUCAUUACCCUGCGACAUCGAACCGUCCACAAGAGGCGACGGAGUCUACAUGAUCUUGUGGUUCCGCGACAAUGCGGUCAAACCGAUCUACAGUAUCGAUGCCCGUGGAAGGUCUUUUCAUCGGGCUUUGAAUUGGUCGGACGAGGACGUACGACCUCGUGCAAACUUUGUGACAAUAUCUAAACCCGCUGCCCUCAUUCUCGAUAGCAUUCAACUCUCUGACGAGGGUAUUUAUCGAUGUCGUGUCGAUUUCCGAAAGUCACCUACCCGAAACUUUCAAGUUAAUCUCACUGUCACUUAUCCACCACGUGAACUUUUGAUGUAUGACACUUCAGGGAGGAAAAUUGACACUGUGGUUGGUCCUUAUCAAGUUGGCAAAGAGUUUAAGUUAUCUUGUGAAGUUAGAGGAGGAAAACCACCACCCGUUAUCACGUGGUUCGUCAAUGGAAAAGAAGUUGAUGGACACGUGGAUACCAAUGGGCAGAACGUCAUCUUCAGCACGCUUGUAGUGCCCAAGUUAACGAGAGGACACCUUAAUACUACGUACAAGUGUCGGGCCAGCAGUACCAAACUCGUCCCGCCAUUAGAAAAAACUGUCUUGCUAGAUGUCUACCUAAAGCCAGAGAGCGUGACAAUAAUGUCGAAACCUUUGCAAUUGGUAUCGGGUAAACUGUACAACCUGAGCUGCGAAGUAACUGGAUCUCAUCCAAGGGCAAAAGUCCACUGGCUGGAGGGCAAUGAAGAAUUUAAAAGUGGUAGCAUUACUGAACGUAGUAAUUCGACGGUAGUGUACAGUACACUGGAAUUUUAUCCAACACCCGAAGAUGACGGUAAACAGUUGAGAUGUCGAGGAGACAAUCCAGCACUGAGCAAUGCCUUUCUCGAGGAUUAUUACCACUUGAAUGUCGUCUUUCCACCUAAAGUGCAGCUGGAGAUAGGCAACACACUUAAUGCACAGAAUAUCAAAGAAGAGGAUGAUGUUUAUUUUGAAUGUAAAGUCCGUGCUAAUCCUGAGCAUAAUAGAAUAACUUGGAAGCAUAAUGGAAUAACUCUGGUGCAGAAUGCCACUGCUGGGAUUGUCAUGAGUUCUCAGAAUCUGGUGCUGCAAAAAAUAAAACGGGAAAAUGGUGGAAAUUACACUUGCUUGGCAAGUAAUGACAGAGGGGAAACAACUAGUUCAGUUGUACCUUUACGUGUUCAAUUUGCUCCAGUUUGCAAAACGAAAGACGUAACAAUAAUAGGAGCGUCUUUGGAUGAAUCUGUAAAGAUUAGGUGUGAGGUAGACGCUGAUCCGAAUCAAGUUGACUUUACAUGGGAAUUUAACAAUAGCGGUGAGAAUUUUGAGCUUGCACCCGCCAAGUUUGACGGUAACAACGGCACAUCCAGUGAAUUCAUCUACACGCCCAUAUCUGAGAGGGAUUACGGUGCAUUGACCUGCUGGGGAAGGAAUGCGAUUGGGAAGCAAAAGACGCCGUGCGUCUACCAAGUAAUUCCAGCAGUAAAACCAAGUCCAGUUAAUAACUGCACGUUAAAAGCAUUAUUGAAUCAAAGUGUUGAGACUCUAGAUGUUGAAUGUGCACCUGGAUACGAUGGUGGUUUACGUCAAGAUUUUCGUCUAGAGGCUUAUGAAGCCCAGACAAACUUACUGAGGGUAAACAUCUCGAGUAUCAGUCCCGAGGCGCCAGUAUUUCGUAUCCCCGUGGCUGAUCUUCUGCCAGCCAAUCAUUUUUAUCUGAUGGUAUACGCGAUUAAUGCCAAAGGAAGAAGCGAAGUGUCCCUACUGGAAGAUAUUAUACUAAGAGAUUCUGGAAAACAAACUGAUACCGGAGUCAGUUUUGUCCCUCUUUUAUUGCUGCUCAUUGGCUGUCUUAUGACCCUCGGUAUAACCGUACUCUCGGUGCUGCUCAUGUUCUACAGACGACGUGGUACUACAUCACCCGUACACGUUGAACCUUAUAUGAAACAACCCAUCAUAAGUCCUCCAGACUCAAGGAAUAAUUCAAUGCUUGAUGUCACACAUGGUGAUCAUACAUACUUUGUAGAGUAUACGUUAAAACAAGUGGGAGACUACGCGCUCAAUCAACCUGAUAUUAUUCAGUCUCCUCAAGACCAAGAAAAAGUAAAACGGGAGCCACAGUUAUUUUUACCGGUAAGACCGGAUACGCUGUUUGCUCCGUACGACAUUCACAAACAAGGCCUUCAGACAAAUAAAUGUACUUUGAAUCCAUUUUCUACAAAAUCAUGGGAACCUAUUAGUUUCAAAGCAGAUCGCAAUAUGAUGAAGGAAAUAAUAAUAGCUAAUUCCAUACCUGGUCCAGAGAGUUGCGUGUAAUGAUUGUUUAUAAAUCUCAUCUUCU